CUCUCCGGGCCGCAGGGCUGCUUUGAGUCAUGUGACGGGGAGGAAGGAAGAUGGCUGCGGAGGCGCAGGUGGACUUCGCGGCCCUGCAGAGCUUGCUGAAGGCCUCCUCUAAAGAUGUCGUCAGACAGUUGUGUCAGGAGAGCUUUUCCAGCUCAGCUCUUGGCUCCAAGAAACUCCUGGACAUCACCUGUUCCAGUUUGUCAGUGACCCAGGAGGAAGCAGAUCAACUGAUCCGUGCCCUGCACCGCCUCACCAGGCUGGCGGCCUAUCAGGACCUGAGUACUGGGGAGGAGAUUCUUGCUCUCUUCCCUGAAAACUUCCACCAAAACCUCAAAAACCUGUUGACGAAAAUCAUCAUGGAGCACGUGCCUGCGUGGAGGAAGGAGGCCCAAGCCAAUCAAAUCUCCUUGCCUCGACUCGUUGACUUGGACUGGAGAGUAGAUGUCAAGAUGGCGUCCGACAGCAUCACCCGAAUGGCCGUGCCUACCUGCCUGCUCCAGAUGAAGAUCCAGGAGGAUGCCAGCCUGUGUGGAGACAAGCCCGCUAUCUCGGCCGUCACCAUGGAGUUGAGCAAAGAGACGCUGGACACCAUGUUGGAUGGCUUGGGCCGGAUUCGGGACCAGCUCUCGGCUGUGGCCAAUAAGUGAGCCUCGCUCCUGCUGGCGCCCCUGCUGCCCCCAGGGGCCUGGAGAGCCCUGGGGCAUCUUUGCUGGGGGAGAGGGCUAUGGUGCUGACCAGAAGGAAGCUGGACUGUAUGGGGCGCUCAGACCGCUCACCCGAGCUCAUCCUCUCAUCGUUCUUCCUCUUGUUCCCUUUGCUUUCUCCUUCACAUUGAUGACCAAAGGUCUCCCCUCUCCCAGAGGCUCCGGUGCUGGUUGUCAAUAUGGGGGCAGCAGGGAGGGAGGGCACAAGGGCUGCCAGCUUCAGGCCUGUCUCUGGGGCGAUGAGGGACAGGGCUGCAAGGCCGGACCGAGGGGCUCUGGGGCUGGACCGAGGGGCUGUGGGACCGGACCGAGGGGCUCUGGGGCUGGACCGAGGGGCUGCAGGGCUGGACCAUGGGGCUGCGGGGCCGAUCGAGGAGCUUCAGAGCUGGCAGGAUGCAGCUUUGGCCCAGUCUCUUGGGGGGAAUGGAGCUCCAAGUGCCUCACACCCCCCUCCAUUUCAGCUCCAGAGUGGGCUGCAGUUGACCUUGGGUGAGCGGGACCCUUGGGCCACACGGGGCCCUGCAGGCUGAGCCUGGAGCAGAGUCUCUGUGGCCAGGCAGCCUCAGAAGUGCUGCUGGAGGCAGGGGGUGAGCUUGGGGCUCUCCUCUGUGCUCAGAGCAGGCUGGCUCUGUUGGUCCUGAAGGCCAUUGGGAAUAAAUGUCAGUGCUGAAAGCUGU